AUGCCAGCUGCCGGGAAUAUCUCAACCCACCCAGCACCAGCGCGGGGCUGGUGGUCGAGUCCUUGCUUGAUUCGCCUGAAUCUCUGCAUUAUCUCUGUGACAUUCUUAUCGUCCGCAAAUGGUUACGAUAGUUCCCUACUCAACGGUCUCCAGUCUCUUCCGAUCUGGAUGUCAUUCAUGGAACAGCCAGGGGGUGAAUGGCUUGGGUUUAUCAAUACAUUGUACUGGAUUGGUGCUGCAGUGUCUGCCACCUUUGCCGCGUGGCUUUCAAAUCACUACGGCCGCAAAAAAGUCAUUUUGCUCGGAUACAUUUGCCUGAUUAUUGGUACAGUCCUGCAGAGCGCAGCCCCUUCGAGGGCUCUCUUCAUGGUUGGACGACUCCUUGCCGGAGCCAGCAUGGGCUUUAUGAACAACGCAGGCCCUUCAUUAAUUGCCGAAGUUGCCUAUCCCCAUCAUCAAGGUGUGGCCACUGCUAUGUAUAUGACCAGUUACUAUUAUGGCAGCGUCGUUGCCGCGUGGGUGACAUUCGGCACCCGCACCCUCGAUUCAAACUGGGCUUGGAGGAUUCCUUCGUGGUUGCAGCUUCUAAUGCCUCUUCUGGCCCUUCCAGGGUUCUGGUUCAUUCCUGAAAGUCCUCGGUGGCUGGUAUCAGUCGGCCGAAUGGAAGAGGCCCAUCAGACUCUCGCCACGAUACAUGCGGAUAACGACCCCGGUGCACCAUGGGUGGAGGAGGAGCUCCGGAUGAUUCACUCCAGUAUUGUGGCCGAAGGUGAAGCUGAGAACUCAUCGGGCUAUGCAGAGAUGAUCCGCACCCCGGGCAAUCGGCAUCGUCUUUUCAUCUCUGUCACGCUUGGCUUUUUCAACCAAUGGGCGGGCAAUGGUCUCCUCUCCUAUUACUUGACCAUUGUACUCAACGCUGUUGGUGUCAGCAAGACGAGAGACCAGCUUCUCAUCUCCGCGUGUCUUCAGAUUUGGAACAUUUUCUUCGCCGUUGGUGGCGCCGUCUCUGUUGAGCGAAUGGGUCGUCGGCAGCUUUUCCUACUUUCUGCCGCAAUAAUGCUGGCUAGUUAUGUUAUCAUGACCGGACUCUAUGGUGCAUUCGUUACGACGGGGCACCAUGCCACGGGUAUCGCUUUUGUGCCGUUCGUCUUCGUUUAUUUUGCCGGAUAUGACAUUGCUUUGACACCGCUAUUAACAUCGUACCCUUGCGAGGUCUGGCCCUUUCGAUUACGCUCCCGCGGCUUGAUGGUUACGUGGAUGUCCUGCAUCAUUGCCAUCAUAUUCAAUAUUUUUGUCAACCCGAUUGCCUUUGAGGCAAUUGGCUGGAAGUAUUACAUUAUUUACGUGGUAUUGCUUGUCAUAUACGGCUUCGUUGUCUUCUUCUUUUACCCAGAGACCCGAGGAUUCUCGUUGGAGCAGAUGGCGGUGAUCUUCGACAAAGAAGAUGUUAUGGAUGCUCGUUCUCUUCGCUCGGUGAACAAGAUUGAUACGACCGCAGCGGAACACAAGGAAUAA